AUGGAGGUACAUGACCAAAGCCAGGAAUUUAACUUUGACCACUUUCAAAUAUUGCGGGCUAUUGGGAAAGGGAGUUUUGGAAAGGUGUGCAUUGUACAGAAGAGAGACACCAAGAAAAUGUAUGCCAUGAAAUAUAUGAAUAAACAGAAGUGCAUUGAGAGAGAUGAAGUUCGAAACGUUUUUCGGGAGCUACAGAUAAUGCAAGGCCUGGAGCACCCCUUCCUAGUCAAUCUAUGGUAUUCCUUUCAAGAUGAAGAAGACAUGUUCAUGGUGGUCGAUCUCUUACUUGGAGGUGAUCUGCGUUACCAUUUGCAGCAGAACGUACACUUUAACGAAGCAACUGUCAAGCUGUACAUUUGUGAGCUGGCACUUUCCUUGGAUUAUUUGCAGAGAUACCACAUCAUUCACAGGGACAUCAAACCUGACAACAUACUACUGGAUGAGCAUGGACAUGUCCAUAUCACCGACUUUAACAUAGCAACCAUAGUGAAAGGCUCAGAAAAAGCUUCUUCUAUGGCUGGCACGAAACCCUAUAUGGCUCCGGAAGUGUUCCAGGCCUUUAUGGAUGGAGGUCCAGGAUACUCGUACCCAGUAGACUGGUGGUCACUAGGAAUUACAGCAUAUGAAUUACUGAGGGGUUGGAGGCCUUAUGAAAUUCAUUCAGCCACUCCCAUUGAUGAGAUACUCAACAUGUUCAAGAUAGAAAGAGUUCACUACUCAUCUGCAUGGUGCAAGGGCAUGAUAGCGCUACUGAAAAAGCUGCUCACAAAGGACCCAGAGUGCCGACUUUCAAGUCUUGCAGACAUCCAAAGCUCCCCAUACCUAGCUGAUGUCAACUGGGAUGCUGUUCUAGAGAAAGCUGUGACCCCAGGCUUUGUUCCUAACAAAGGAAGACUGAACUGUGAUCCUACAUUUGAACUUGAAGAAAUGAUUUUGGAGUCUAAGCCUCUCCACAAAAAGAAAAAGCGACUUGCCAAAAACAAAUCCAAAGAUGGAACUAAGGAAACCUGCCCACUGAACGUACACCUGCAGCAGUGCUUGGAAACUGUUAGGAAAGAAUUCAUCAUAUUCAACAGAGAGAAAUUAAGAAGACAGCAAGAUCAAAGCGGACAGACUUCCAGCAUGGACAGCAGCAGAGCAUCCCUUCAGAGUCACGAGAAACUCCAGGAUGGAUGUAACAACAACUUACUGGGACACGGCUGCACGAGGGGCUGCAGCAGCUAG